AUGUGGCCAGUCGUUGUCGUUCUCACUGCCUUCAGUAUUCAUGAAGUCAACUCCGCACGUGAAGCGCUGAUGAAUGAACGGGGUGAAUUUCUGCCGCAUAUACGACUGGCAAAAGAUCUAAUGGAUAAACGAAGAUAUGACUCUCGAGUACGACCGGUCAUGAAUCAUUCACAACCAACUACCGUCGUGUUUUCUAUGAGUUUGUAUCAAAUUUUGGCCAUUAAUGAAAAGCGACAAAGUGUCGAUCUGAAUGUAUGGGUGAUCCAAAAAUGGAAAGAUGACUUUCUUGGUUGGAAUCCGUAUCUAUACGGUAUGAUUAACACCACAAUACUACCAUAUGAGGCAAUCUGGUUACCGGAUACGUACGUAUAUAAUAGUGUGGUGAUGAAUCGUGAAGAGACAGAACGCUACAUCAAUGUUGUAAUCAGCACGAACUACUGGAAAGGCGAAAGAGGAGCUGAAAUCAAGUUCAUGUAUCCAGCUCUAUAUCGUACCAGUUGCAUGCUCGACAUCAGGUUUUUUCCGUACGAUCAGCAAGAAUGUAAGCUGAUAAUUUCAUCGUGGACGUCCUCAAAAAGCGAUAUCGACUAUACUGCAGAGUUCCAUGGUGUCAAUAUGGACAAUUUCAUUCCAAAUGAGGAAUGGAUUGUAGUCAGCUUCAACAUCAAGCGGAUCGAGGAGAAAUUCGUUUGCUGCCCAGAACCUUGGGUGCUCCUGGAAGCAGUAUUGGUCGUUCGUCGUAAACCUCUAUACUAUAUAGUGAAUCUGGUUAUUCCUACAUCAGUCAUCACAAUGGUCGCCGUCACCGGUUUCUUUACCGCAGCCUCGACUAGCACUGAAAGACGUGAAAAGCUGUCCUUAGGCAUCGACUCGUUGCUAGCCAUGUCUAUCCUGAUGAUGAUGGUAUCGGAGCAGAUGCCGACUACCAGUGACUAUGUACCUCUUUUUGGCCUAUUCUAUCUGACAAUUAUCAUUGUGAUCUUCAUCGGAACGUUAUUUACGGCAAUCAUACUCAAUAUUCAUCUACAGAAGAUGUAUGCUCAACCAGUAUCACCACUGAUAUCGUACUUGUUCUUCAAUAAGGUAUGGAUUUCGGGACUCAGAGUUGAUUUCGUUGUCAUUUUCGUUAACAUUCGCUUGACUAAUGGUAAGCUGUUAGUUUUGCCUAUCAAAGAAUACGGCAGACCUUGA